AUGGAAUAUGGUCAACGAUUAACUAAAAAUGAUCCCGAAGAAGAAAUAAAUCAAAAUAUGUACAUGAGUCUUGUGGGAAGCCUGAUGUACCUUACAAAUACUCGUCCUGACAUUAUGUUCGCAGUAAUUAAAGUCAGUCGGUUCAUGGAAAGACCAAGGAAAAGUCACUGGGAAGCCGGUAAAAGAAUUUUAAAAUAUAUAAAAGGAACGAUAGAUCAUGGGAUAAUCUACUCCAAAGGAAGUAAAGGAAAACUAGUGGGAUAUAGUGAUAGUGACUAUGCAGGAAAUAUAGAAGAUAGUAAAAGCACGUCCGGGUAUAUUUUCAACCUAGGAUCUGGAGCAGUUGCCUGGCAAUCGAAGAAACAGAAGGUAGUUGCAUGA